AUGAAGAAAGUGCCGAGCAAACGAAUCCUCGCAAGAGUGCCACGCGUGCAUCUGCCGCAGAAACAAUACGGAUUCUGUUGCGAAGAGAAAUCUCAAGAUCCUGAGAAACGCUAUAAUAUGCGAAACCCGCCCUUCGUGUCCUCCUUGACGAACGUAUUCCUGAACAAUGGUGGACCCGCGGUAAAGUUCCGCGUUCAAGACAUCGGUCGCUCACCGUUUCCCAUACAAUUAAAGUUAAGAAUUCUCGAAGCCAAAGGCAUAGCUUCUUAUUUGGGACGUUCCAAGCGAUGUCGACGUCCUUUGCAAUGGUACUUGGAGGACGAAAUUGCGCUCGCGCGCGAAUUUUUUGCUAAAAAGAGACAGGAUAAUUACAACAUGAUUAUGAAAAGAAAUCUGAUGAUCGCCAGGCAAAAAGCAAGAGAACGCAAAAGACGCAUUAAGAGAAGAAAUUUGCGAAAGAUUACUCCAACAUUGAAAGUUACACAGGACAAUUGA